AUGGUCCGUUCCCAAGACGGAGAUGUUGACCCUUUCUUCGACCUAUUCUAUGACGAGGCCAGCUUUACCAUCAUGUUCCGUGCGCGGAUGUACGAGUCUCUGAUCACAGCUCUGUCAAUGAAAGUUGAAGGCAUUGCUGCCGACAAAAAGCGACUGGCACUCGAAGCGAGUUCAGACGUGAGAGCCAAUGGCAACUCGUAUCAUAACUACUACCUUUGGCUCUUCGAGAUUAAAGACGGCAAAAUAUCUGCGGCAAGGUUCUACCUCGACACGCUAUUCGCAAAGAAUGCAAUUGACUGGAUGGAAGAAUUGGCGACAGGAGGAAACAAGUGA